AUGACUGACUACAAGGAGAGUGGGGCGUAUAUGAUUUACACAAGUGGGACAACUGGUCGUCGAAAAGGAGUGGUGACUACACAUGCUGCUCUUAUAGCACAAAUCAGUGACUUGGUGACAGCAUGGCAAAUGUCAAACAAUGACCAUCUACUCCACUUUUUACCGUUGCAUCAUGUACACGGUAUUCUAAACAACUUGCUCUGUGUCAUGUACGUUGGUGGAUCUAUCGAAUUUUUGCCAUUUGCAAAGCCAUCACUCAUUUGGUCCAAGCUUAGGAAGGCUGUGAAUACGACGCGCCCAGUUUCGAUGCUUAUGGCGGUACCUACAAUAUACAUGCAGCUGCUUGAAGAGAUGGAGAAGCAAUUACAGAAUAACCAAGAGACUCAAGAUGCACUGACAGGUGCACGCGGAUUGCGUGUGGCUAUUAGCGGAUCGAUGGCAUGUCCACUGUCAAUUUUGAACCGCUGGGAGAGGUUGACGGGGCAGCGCCUUCUUGAACGCUACGGUAUGACUGAAUUGGGAAUGGUUCUCACAAACCCGCUGCACGGUGACCGCCACCUUGGGUAUGUAGGAAACACCUUCCCGAGUGUAUCCGUACGCAUGGUGAACCCUGACACAGAGAUUGAGCUACCGUAUAAAGAGGAGAAGGAGGGCGAGCUUCGCGUCAAAGGUCCAUCCGUUUUUCGCGAGUAUUGGAAGAAGCCUGAGGCCACCGCGCAGGCUUUUGAUUCUGACGGGUGGUUCAAGACCGGUGAUAUUGUCCAAUACAACAAUGAGCUCAAAAGCUUUCGCAUUCGUGGGCGGGCGAGUGCUGACAUCCUCAAAACCGCAGGUUACAAAGUAUCUGCUCUGGACGUCGAGCGUGUGCUGUUGACUCAUCCACAGGUCCUCGAGUGCGCUGUCUUUGGGUUACCUGAUGAAACAUGGGGGCAGAUUGUAGCAGCUAUAAUUUGCUCGGGGAUCGAAGGUGAAAAGAUUACUCCAGAGGCUUUGUCUCCGCCUCUUGUGGAAUUUGUAAAAGAGCACCUCGCGAGCUACCGCGUGCCGCGCAAGUACUUUUUCGUCCAUGAAAUUCCUAAAAAUGCAAUGGGAAAGGUGAACAAGAAAGCGCUAGCUAAGGCCUACUCGGAAAGGCUUGACUUGGCUGCUAGCCUGAGUUGCUAA